AUAAUAUUUCAUUUUCAUUAACAAUCAUUGUUUUGAUUUUUGAGAUUUGAGAACCUUUGAUUAAAAUAAUAUUAAUAAUAUUGAUUAUGAUUUUGAUUUCUAAAAAUCAAACAUUUUAAUUAUUUAAAAAAUGACCUCUGAUAAUGUUAAAGUUACUCCGUUCGAAAAAUGUUGUCGCACUUGCUUGAAAGAAGAUUCCUUGAUGUUUGAUCUUUUCAUUGAGAGAUUGGACUCUUCAAGUAUAGCUGAUAUGUUACUAUCAUGCACUACAUUAAAAAUCCAAAAAGAUGAUACUCUGCCGAAACAAAUAUGUAGAUAUUGUUAUAAUUGCCUUGUAUCAUUUUCACACUUUUGCAACAUGGCACAGAAAGCUGAAAAGAAGCUUGUAGAAGCAUCUAUGAAUAGUGAUGGAUACCACCAUAUUAACUUUGAAGGUGAUACAUAUGAAAUUAAAAUAGAAAAUAUUAAUGAUAACAUGUUUGAAACUAGUGAAGUUGAAAAUUCUGAAUUUGUAGAUGAUAAUAAGAAACUGCAGACACAUAAUGCAAAUGUGCCACAUUCCAUUUGUAAUGGUAAUGAAGGUGUAAGAGAAAAUAAAUAUAACUGUAUUCAUUGCGAUAAGUGCUACAGUAAUUGGUCUAAAUUGAAACAUCAUGAAGCGAAACAUAAUAGUAAAACUGACAGUAAAUUAAAACAUUCCACUGACACCAAAUCAAAUGCAAAUGAACAUUUAACUCAAAAUGGUGGAAACCCAGAUUUAAAUGUAAAAAUCGAGACAAAUAAUACAGAUUUAAUGUGUAUUAUUUGUGCUUCCAGUUUUGAUUCAAUGCAAUUGUUGUCAGUUCAUAUGAAAAGUCAUGAAAAAAACGAUUGGCUCAUAACUUGUGACCAAUGCAACAAAGUAUUUAAGAAAGUGAGCCAUUUGAAAAGACAUAAAAUAGUCCAUAAAAAUGUUUAUCCUCAUGACAUGAAUACAACACCUAAAGAAAAUGUCUGUACAAAUAUAUGUGAAACAAAUGCAGAGCAGUUUCAAUGCAGUAAAUGUUUGCAAAUGUUUAAAAACGUCAAUUCCUUGUCAGCACAUAUGAGGAAACAUACAGAAAAGGGUAGAGUUUUAUCAUGCAAAGAAUGCAAUAAGGUGUUCAAAAAAAUCAGUCAUUUGAAACGUCAUGAGUCUCAGCAUGAAAUUAACCGACCGUACAAAUGUACAGCUUGUCCUAAAAGUUUUCCGUCUGAAGAUACUUUAAAAGAGCACGUAAAUACUCAUAGAGGUGUCAAACCUCAUGUUUGUCCUGUCUGCGACAAGAGAUUCUCACAUGUAUCUAGUUUAACAACACAUAUUAAGAUACACACCCGGGACAAGAGUUUUUUGUGUCCGACUUGCGGUAAAAAGUUUGACUCCAGCACAAAUUUGAAUCAGCAUAUAUCAAGGCAUAUUGGAUUGAAGGAAUAUGCUUGUGCAAUGUGCCCUAAAAAGUUUGUUAGUAAAGGUGAACUAAAAUCUCACGCAAGCACGCACACGGGCGAACGUUCGUUCACGUGCGACCAUUGUGGUGCGAGCUUCACCAAGCGCAGCUCGCUCAACAAGCACAAGAUACGACAUCUAGGCCUGAAGCCGCACCAGUGUGACACAUGCUUAAUGAGAUUCACCUGUAAGGACCAUUUGAAAAGGCAUUACCGUAUUCACACUGGCGAGAAACCGUACAGGUGUGAAAUGUGUGGCAGGGCCUUUACACAGAGCAAUGAUCUUGUCAAACACCGUCGAGCGCAUUUGGGAGACAAAGUUUAUAAAUGUCCCCAAUGUACCGACAGUUUCCGGCUAAACGCAGAGUUGCAGCGACACAUAUCGGAGCACUUUAUUUCCUCGCGGAACGUACAAGCAGUGAACGCGCCCAAACAUACGCUAACAGAUGGCGUUAGUGAUCAGCCAAUAGAUGGCGUUAGAAAUCAGCUAGCAGAUGGCGUUAGGGAUCAGCUAACAGAUGGCGUUAGUGAUCAACUAAUAGAUGGCGUUAGGGAUCAGCUAAUAGAUGGCGUUAGGGAUCAGCUAAUAGUUGGUGGCGUUCUGCUAACAGAUGGUGUUAUUAAUAAGAGUUUAAUCUUGCCAGUACUCAAAGUAUAAUUUAAAGCCAAACGAUAUUUAUUUUGUUCUUUAAAUAAUUUUUAAAAAGUAAAAUUACUGUCAAAUAGUAGUUCUUUUUAAUUAAAUUGCCGACAGAUGGCGUAUAUUUUGGAGGAUACAGGCGGGAAACAAGAAAACCGCCUCUGUAUAUCUGAAUCAAACAGUCGCUACUUUCUGUAAUUGCAGUGAGAUCAAUAGCGUAGCGUGCCCUGUAUCAAAAUUAAUAAUCCUGGAUCAAUAUACAAAUAAAACAAAAAUGCUGUUAAACAAUCUUAAUAUCAAAUGUAUAUUUUUUUUAGAUAACAACGGAGGAUAUGCUGCUCGUGAGUGUAUUUGGAAAAAAGCGCACAAAAAAUGUUAUUAUAGUUUUUAUUGUUUCUUGUUAGACAAGUCUUAAAUAUAUACCUACUUUAUAACAAAUAUUUGUUUAAGUUUAAUAAAGACAGUUGAUUUGGUAUAUAAAAUAAAAAAUGUUAUAUACUU